UGUUGCGCUGCAAUCAGCACGCGCUGCCAAGCCAGAAAAGCGAAGCUCGCGCGAAUUCCCGCCGCCGAUGGACUUCAAAGCGUUCGGAGAGGACGAGUCCUCGGAGGGCGACGCGGUGGACCUGGACAGCGUGAAGGCGCUCACGGAGAAGCUGAAGCUGCAGACCCGCCGGCCGUCCUACCUGGAGUGGCAGGAGCGGGUGCAGAGCCGGCCGUGGAUGGAGAGUCCCGCGGCGGACAGCCCGGGCUCGGAGGCGCGGGGCGCGUCCACGCCGGCGGUGCUGAGGAACGAGGACUCGGAGCUGGUGGUGCGCAACAUCUGCGGCUUUGAGACUAUCGAUGAUGCUCUGGACUUUCUGAGGAAUGAGCUGAGGGACAUGCAGGUCCAGGACCACCGCCUGGCCCGGCAGCUGAUCGGCCUGCGCGGUGAGAUCCACCGGCUCAAAGUGGAGCAGGUGUGCAAGCGCCACAAGGAGAUGCUGGACGACGCCACGUACCAGCUGGAGGAGUGCGGCGAGGAGUCGGACCUGCUGUGCGACAUCCCCAUGAAGGCCGCCUUCGCUCUGUCCACGCCGCUCAAACAUCUGGGCCUCACCAAGAUGAACAUCAACUCCAGACGCUUCUCACUGUGUUAAAAGAAGAAAAAAAGAAGCCUCUUGUUCGGGCCUAUUCCCUCCUCGGGAGCUGUUGAUAGAGUGAGGAGUGACGCUGCACCUUGGAUAGACGUGCAUGAGGAGGCCUCAGUGUGUGAAGGGCUGUGGGGGAACACCCUCCUGCUGGACGGAGCCCGCUCUGCGGGUGACUGUUCACGUUAAUCAGAGGAGGUGACGGCUUCGAGGCUAGACUGAGAUGCAAACAGAGAUAUAGAAGCUUUAUAUCUCAUGCCAAUGAUUUCACAAUGUCAAAACAAAGCGUGCCACGUGUGCCAAGGGAGGGAGGAAACGGCUACGGGGAGAGUCGUCCUGUGUUGCUGAAAGCUUGUCACGGAGGAUGAAGCUCACUCCGGAAAAGAAGAAGGGAGCUUCAUGGCAGGCCGGAACACUUUAAAUCAGUGGUUCCCAACCUAAAUUUAAAUGUAUGUGCUUUUGUGCUGAGGUGUUUUUUCCUGCUCCCACACUGUACCCCUCUAGGGGCAUAAUCUGGUUUUUUUUUUUCUUUCUCUCCUCUCUUCCCUCAUGUUAUGCUGUAAUCUUCCAGUAUCUGCCUGUAAUUUCCCGCUUGCGGGAUCAAUAAAGUAUACAUCUAUCUAUCUAUCUAUCUAUCUAUCUAUCUAUCUAGGGAUCAGGGUCCCAGACAAGGGGUCGCAACAUUAAUCUUGUGAGAUUCUGAUGGGAUUAACCAGAACAAUAUUUUCCCACAGUCCUUGCCCUUAAAAAAAAAAAAAAGACAGAAUAGUUCGUCUCUUCCAUCCUUCGGUUGAAAUUGUUACAUCACUUGAUGAGGGGGUGGAAGUAGUUUUAUUUUAGGAGGUCAAAAUGGAAAAAAGAAUGGUUGGGAACCACUGCUUUACAUCACUCAUACCAUUUUUGUGUCGUAAAAAAAAAAGUAUGGCACAUCUGGUCCGAUAAAGAAAUUGUUCAGAAACACUUUAACGUUAAGCAAGACCUUGGACAGAGCGGUAGCGGCCUCCAUCCGGGCACUGGCCCGACCACUAUCCCCAAAGGAAGUGGGAGGUCACACGCAAGCAUUCUUACUCCUCUUUACAAACCCAAUACAUCUUAAUAUCCUCGGCAGUGCAGUGACAGGAGGAUACGGCCUCAUGCUUUUUAUUUCCCAUCACAGAGCACGGUUUAAGCAUAUGGCUGGACGGCCACCAAGUUGUGGCUCUGGCUAUUUCGGGCGAGUCAAGUGGUUUAUUUUAUAACUUUAUAUUAUGAGCGACAGGAUGAAUGAGAUCUUUUCGCUUAAUAAUAUAAUAACUGUGUUGAAUGUAAAAAGUAAAGAAAACAACUAUAAGCGUUAUUGUUAAAUCAUGCUUCUGUAAUAUGAAUGUAUCUGUCUGACAAAUGAUAAUAAAGAGAAAUGCCGUAA